AUGGAGAAGAGCAGCUACGCCAUGGCCAAGUUUGGUCUGGAGGCCAAGGAAGCGAUGCCCAAGCGGGACUGUGGGUUUUACGUGAAGUACAUCUUCCUCUUCACCUCCCUCAUCCAAUUCCUCAUCAUCCUGGGGCUGGUGCUGUUCAUGGUGUACGGCAACGCGCAGGCAGGCACCGACACGCACCUCCGGCUGCUGGAGGAGCAGCUGCAGGAUCGCUACAACAAGAUCAUCACCCUCAGCGGGAGGAACAUCAACCUGACGCGCACCCUCAACGCCACCCUCAAGGAGAAGCAAGGGCUGCAGGCCCUCGCCCAGAAGGUGCAACGGGACCUGGAUAAGUGCAAUAGCACCCAGGCUCCCAACUCCAUCCCCAAGAAGGCACUGCUGCGGAGCCAGCUGGACCAGACAGCCCUGGCCAAGAAGGAGCUGGAGGAAAACUGCCGCAAAGCGGGUGCCACGCUGACCAAAGCCACCCAGGAGCAGGAGAGCUGCCAGCGGGACCUGCUCACCACCAGGACCAUCUGCGAGUCCACCAAAACCAACCUGGAGCUCCUGAAGCACGAGUGCAGUUCCUUGAGGUCCGACGUGAGCUACUCCUUCCAGCGCAUCAAGAUGCUCAGCCCAUACAGCUGCAGCGCAGUCCACGAGCAGCUCAGCUGGUUGACGCAGCAGACGGAGGGGCUUUUCCUCUGGCAGCAGGAACGAGAGACCAAAUACGUGGGGAAAAGCGUCUGCGACAUGAACCUGCUCCAGUGUCGCAUCAACUGCUCCGGGGAGAAGCAGGAGUUGGAGAAGCGGCUGCAGGACGUCGAGAAACAGGUCAAGGGCGGCCAGGAGGAGAAGAAGAAACUGCUGGUGGAGAAGGAGCAACUUGGCAAGGAGCUGGAGGAGAAGAGCAAAGCCGCCGCGCAGGCUGGGUACUUCAAGGAGCAGCUCAACAUCUGCAUGGGCUCCAAGAUGGACGUCUUCUUUGACAUCACGGGCUCGCGGUUGCCGGGGGGCGGCGGGCGGCCGGGACCCUUCGCCAGCACAGGCUCCUACGCAGAUGCUCUGAGGAACCAGGGCAUCUUCGGGAAUAUGGGCAAAAUCAACACGGAGGAGAUCCAGCGGUCAGUGCAGAAGAUCAUGGAGCAGUACACGUCCACCCUGAAGAACCCCAGUGGCUAA